CCUGCCGGGACGCAUUACUAGGGCGACGGGCCGGACGCCUCCCGCUUCGGGAUGAAUUAGCGGCGGGUUUUGCUCGGAGAUUGUGCCCCCCACGGAUUCUCCAGUUCGUCCACGCGACCCCCACGGCGACGCGCGACGUCCUCUGCUGGUCACAGAAUCAUGGUGUCAUGGAAAGGGAUUUACUUUAUACUCACUCUGUUUUGCGGAAGCUUUUUCGGAAGCAUUUUUAUGCUCGGCCCCUUUUUACCUUUGAUGUUUGUAAGCCCAUCUUGGUAUCGCUGGAUCAACAACCGCCUUGUGGCAACCUGGCUCACACUGCCUGUGGCAUUGCUGGAGACCAUGUUUGGUAUAAAAGUGAUUAUAACAGGUGAUGCGUUUGUUCCUGGGGAGAGAAGUGUCAUUAUCAUGAAUCAUCGGACAAGAAUGGACUGGCUGUUCCUGUGGAACUGUCUGAUGAGAUAUAGCUACCUCAGAUUGGAGAAAAUUUGCCUCAAAGCUAGUCUCAAAAGUGUUCCUGGAUUUGGUUGGGCCAUGCAGGCUGCUGCCUAUAUCUUCAUUCAUAGGAAAUGGAAGGAUGACCAGAGCCAUUUUGAAGACAUAAUUGAUUAUUUUUGUGAUAUCCGUGAACCACUUCAACUCCUCAUAUUCCCAGAAGGAACCGAUCUCACAGAAAACAGCAAGGCUCGAAGUAAUGAUUUUGCUGAAAAGAAUGGACUUCAGAAAUAUGAGUAUGUCUUACACCCAAGAACUACAGGCUUUACUUUUGUGGUAGAACGUCUAAGAGAAGGUAAGAACCUCGACGCCGUCCACGACAUCACGGUGGCAUACCCGCACAAUAUUCCUCAGACAGAGAGGCAUCUCCUCCUCGGGGACUUCCCCAAGGAGAUCCACUUCCACGUGCACAGGUACCCAGUAGACGCCCUCCCUGAGUCCAGGGAGGACCUCCAGCUCUGGUGCCACAGGCGCUGGGAGGAAAAGGAAGAGAGGCUGCGCUCCUUCUAUCAAGGGGAGAAGAAUUUUCAGUUUACGGGAGAGACCGUAAUUCCACCUUGCAAGUCUGAGCUCAGGGUCCUUGUGCUCAAAUUGCUCUCCAUACUUUACUGGACCCUGUUCAGCCCUGCAAUGUGCCUACUCCUGUAUCUGUACAGUCCUGUUCGGUGGUAUUUUAUAAUCACCACGGUUAUCUUUGUGCUGUUAGAGAGAAUAUUUGGUGGACUGGAGAUCGUUGAGCUUGCAUGUUACCGGUUUUUGCACAAACAGCCACAUUUAAAUGUAAGGAAAAAUGAGUGAGAUCAUAAGGUUCACAGUGUAACAACCAAGGGGAUGUUUUGGAAAUGUGUCGAGCCUUUGUAAACAGAGAUGCAUUUUUGCAUGACUAUGUCAAAUAUUUCUACUACCAUCAUUAUUUGUUAAAGAUAUUUUGCACUUAGUUUUGUGGGAAAAUAUUGCUACAUACAUGAUUUUUUUUUUAAUCUCUGAAUGUAAUUUCAAUACGCAUAGCAGGGAGCGAUCGCUAUAAAAUAACUCGGGCCAGAGUAUUCCUAAGCAACCACCAGGCUAUUAACAGACAAGGGACACAAGAUUUUCCUAGAGGCCCAAUACUAUUUCCUAACAAACUCCCCAGACAAGAGGCAGAUCCGGGGCUUGGGAGCGUGGGCUCAGAUCAAGUGCUGGCACUUGACUGUGGAGGUGAGAGCCCUUCCUCCCAGUUCCCUCCCCAGGCUCAUUUCUCUGCCAAUCAAACCACUGCAUCCUUCCUUAAGGCCAGAAAACGGAAAUCCCUUGUCCUUCAACCAACCACCCAUUUUGAUAGGAGGCCCUUCAUUAUUCAUAAAACCUUGGCAUUCAGCCUUGCACUAACUGAGACAUCAAAAGACCACCUGUGCCCUUUCUUCCCAUGGAUAGUCAGACCUGGACAUUUCUCAGGGAGCAACCACAGGCUCUCCACUUGGAAACCUUAGUUUGGAUUUGUACAGAUAGGAAUGCAGACAGUUUAGUUCACUUCUACUUACUCUUGCAUGCUCCCAGCUGGUUUCCUUACCGCUCGUUGGCAGGGGUAGCUUUUACCGCGUGACAUCAUGUCACUUACCUUUCUAAAGGAAUGCAUGGAAGGUCCUGUUACUGCAGUCAGAAAUUCUUGAAGUGGUGUCCUUUGAAAUAGUUCUUUAAAACCUGCCCCAAAAGGAAGGUUAUUGUAUUUUCUGUAGGUGCACGGGUAUCUAAGAUCUGUGUUAAAGCAACAACGACAGCGCUUGCAUCCCGGGUAGUCAUGGCCUAGCCUCAAUUACUCGGCCCUCGCAGCCUCGACAGAUUUGAUAACAGGAAAAUGAACCCCUUUUUAAUGAUGAGGGCUCUCGCUCUCUCUUUUUAGUCCCAGCCUUCCUGUUUCAGUACUAAAAUUUAAAUCCACUUUUGACCACUUGUUUGCCGAAAUAUUUCUGGCAUUUGGAGUCCAUGGAAAAUCCAGCAAACUAACAGCACCAGUCUCCUUCUGAAGCGGAAGAAAUGCGUGGUCAUGGUUUCCACCCCGCCGGAGGAGCUGUGCACUAAUGUUUUUGUCCUAUGAUGGGGACGCUGGUCAGAGCGGCAGGAAACGCGAGGCAGUUAAAAGCCUUGAGCUGUCCGCAAACCUGUCUGCUUUACUCCUGCCUUCAACCAGCCUCAAAGGCUAUUGCUAUAUGUACCCUUUUGGCAUGGAUGCCUUCUCCUUAAUUACAGCCCAUUUUUGCUCAACGGUGACUUUUACCCAACAGUUGAAACGUGCAUUGCCAGGAGAGGUAAGCACACGGUGAGCCGAACUUACAGAGAAGGUCCAGGUUGCGCGCAGAACACCGUUGACACAUCAUGAACGAGAGUGCGCCGACAGGCCCCAGCCUGUAUUUAACCGCUCCCCCAGGCCGUUUCCACGCCUGCCAGGAGCUACUCAGUAGUUAUUACGCACAUCUGCUCCAGACCCAGUGGGCUAAUCCCAUGGUUUUUAAGGUGUUUUUCUUUUUUAACCUUUUUUUUUCCCCCCUGAAUAAAAGAGGUUUCUAAUUGAGGUCUCUCUCAGACCGCCUUUUGGUUAUAUUUGGAAACACACAGUUUUACAAUCAGCCCUGCAUUUGUCCUGGGCAAUAGAGAAAAGCCGCGUCUUCUACUCCACACGUGUUGAUACUGUAGCCCCCCAGCCGCUUCUCGGCUCCUUGUUCGAGACGUAACCUCCAUAGGAUGGCAUGAAACCUGUACAAGAGGAAAGCUCUUUUCUUUCCUUUUUAAAAAAAUGUUUUCUUUGGAUCAUAAAAGACAUGUUUAAGAUAAAAUGCAAACGUUGUUUUACUACCCAAAAUUCAUAUGUACCCAAACUGGGGAAUACAGACAUCGUACCUGCUUUCAGAAUCAAAAGUGAUAACUUCAAAGAGAAAAAAGUUGCUUUUUGUUUUUUUUCUGGUUUUGUUUUUUGGGGUCUUGUGUUUUUGCAGUAAGGCUUCUUUUAAAGUCAUAAUUCUUUAUGUUCCUACAUAUUUGCCUUUUUCUUUUAAAAAUUUUUAAAGAAAUAUUCAGUGAAUGAUUUGGAACUUAGAGCUUUGUAAAAUUGGUAAAAAAAAAUGUUAAGUAGAAAUUAACUUUAAUGUUGUGAUCCACCUCAGGAAUGAGCCCUCCACCCCCUCCCACCUCAUCGCUCUGCACUCAGAGCAGCUGCGUGUGCGGCUGAGUCUAGCCCACGCUUCCCACUGGACGCUCUUUCGGUCCUUUGAAGAUCAGCUCAGUGGGCUGCAAAAUGUUUACAGUACCGUCUCUCCAACUGUUCAGUCUUUACCGUUCAGAAACAUUGUAAACAAAGCAAAUGUGGUUUGUAUGGGAUGUGAACCAUUAUACUUAAAAUAGGAAACUACGGGGAAGGGCGCUGACGAAGUCACAGGUUCUUCCACCAGAAAGCUCUGAUGAGAGGCCCAAAUCAGACGAACGUGGUAAAAGACCAGAGGAAAAUGUUAAGCAGAGGCCAUAAUUUCAAACUCCUAUUAAAACCCUUCCUUGUUUGUAACACUACUAACACACAGAUUAGGGAGAAAUACCAGCUUCCACUCACAUCACUUUGACAUUAGUCACUUCCCAGCACCAUGUCAGGAGCUGUACGUUGGAGGCCAAGACUGAAUUCUGCAGAAAGGGUGACAUGCCCAUUGCACCUGGCCUGCAGGCUCUGGGCCCAACCGCGAUGCCCCUGUGCACUUUUAUAAUAGAGACUCUAAUGGAGGGAGCCUGUUGGUAUUAAAUUGUUUACAUUUCUUUGUAUAAAUAAUGUGCUUUCAGUGCCUUAGUUAUGGGUCCCUUUCUUUUUCUUGUUCCAAGAAUUUUACAAUGUGUUUCUUAGGUAAAAGUCUUUUUGCUAUUCACUGGGAGGAAAAUGGUUUGUAAACACUGGUCACUGUGGUAAACACUACUUUGUGGGGACAUCUGGAGAGGAGAGCUUGAUGCUGAGGUAGCCUUUGCCUUAGAGCUAUUAUUUAUGCUGUAGGAAACAAACACGGUCUUGUCACACGAUGAGCUUCAGAUUGGAGAUGGCCCAAAAGUUGUCUUGUACCAACCUUAAGCUUUUAUUUCAGAAGAGAAUCUCGGUUUUGGUAAUUUAUUUUUUAAAAGAUUAUGUACAAAACAAAUUUUAAAAAUAACUCACAGAAUGGCCUUAGUUUUCAAUGUCCACUGGUAUGUUUACGAGUUGUGUUAUCUGUAGUUUACAUCCCAGAAUAAAGUGGAAUGAAUCAGA